AUGGCAGCUGCAGGUGGACGUGGUGGUGGUGCGGUGGUUAUUGUUAGUGGAGCGACAGUAACAAUGGUGUUGGUUACUGACAGGGAACUGAAAAUUUCAAGCAUAAAGAGUCCCAUCCUGCACAACGAAGGAAAAGAUAAUGCAGGAGGAACCAAUGUGGCUGUAGGUACUGGUUCAACACAAGUAAAUAAAACAAAUAUCAAAGAACAUACUCCAUAUGCUAAACGGAAAAGAAAGAAGACUUUGCCAGCUUGGGGACAUUUCGAAACGAUAACAUUUAUAGAUGGAACUGAAGGGUCUGAAUGUGUUCACUGUGGUGAAAAAAUUAAGAAGCUUAAGGAAGGGACGACCAAACCAUUGCUUACACAUGUUAGUGAUUGCCUAAUAUUAAAUGGUGGCAAAGGUCAGUCAAAGUUAAAGGUUUCACAUGGAAAGACAGAUUCUUCAACUACGAUCCAAAAUUGGAAGUUUGACAAUACUAGGAUGAGGGAGGUUAUUUCUCACAUGAUUAUGAUUCAUGAGCUACCUUUUAAUUUUGUUGAAUAUGACUUGUUUAAUGUGGUUAUGAAAGAAGCUAAUCCACUAUUCAACAAGAUCUCACGUGCUGCAACUAGACAAGAUUGUGUGUCUAGUUAUGAAAUUGGAAAGAAAGGAAUUCAAAAAAUGUUAAAUGCUGUCAAUCGUGUGAGUAUCACAACCGAUAUGUGGAUAUCAUGUCAAAAUAUUCUUUAUAUGGUUGUGACAUGUCACUUUGUUGAUUCAGAUUAUAAGCUUCACAAAUGUAUUUUGAGUUUUGUUGAUGUGCCUCCACCAUAUUCAGGUGUUGGUAUAUAUGAUUGUUUAUACAAAUGUCUAAAAAAUUGGAAUAUUGAAAGUAAGGUGGCUAGUUUGACGGUUGACAAUGCUAAGAUAAAUGAUGUGGUUGCUAGGAAGUUACUUGAAAAUUUGAAUCUUCAAAAGAAAGUUGUUGGUGGGAAGUUAUUUCAUGUGCGUUGUUGUGCACAUAUAUUAAACUUGUUAGUUCAAGAUGGUUUGUCUGAAAUUAUAGAUAUAACCCACAAUGUUCGUGAAAGUGUGAAACAUGUAAAUGCCUAUGUCUUUAGUGAUCUUUCAAAGCAAUUAUCCAUGCCAAAGAAGCAUUUAAUAUUAGAUAGAAUGUUCAUACACCACUUUGCUGAGCGACGAAGAUUGGAAAAAGUUGAAGAUAUUUGUUUGUUUUUAGCACUUUUCAACGAGGCUACACAAAUAAUUUCAGGCUCCGAGUAUCCUACAUCAAAUCUAUUUCUUUUAAAGCUAUACGGAAUAAAAGAAUCAUUAGAUGAAUUAGUUUUGGAUGGGAAUGCUUACAUGAAACCAAUGGAUGUUAAGAUGAAAAAGAAGUUUGACAAAUAUUGGGGUCCUUGUAAUUUGUUGAUUUCCAUGGCUGGUAUUUUGGACCCUAGAUACAAGACAGAUUUACUUAACUUCUUUUUUAAGGCAAUCUACUCUAAUGAUGAGGCAUCUACGCAUGUUAAACUUGUUAUAGAUACCUUGAAAGAAUUGUUUGCAGAGUAUGUUGAGGAGCAUAGAACUACAAAUGUUGUCCAAUCUUCGAAUGCAACAGAUGGAACUGAAAGUGGUGCAUCAAAAAGAGGUCCGAGUGUUACGACUUUGAGAUUUGGUAAGAGUAUCAGAAGUAGUACUGCUAAAUACAAUCAACAUAUCAUAAGUGUUGAUUCUAUUGCUAGUGUAAAGUCAGAAUUAGACACUUACCUGGAAGAAGGGGUUUAUAUUAGUGAGCCAGGUGCAUAUUUUGAUGCCUUAGGGUGGUGGAGGAGAAAAAAACAUAAGCUCAAAAUUCUAUCUAAAAUGGCUGCUAGCAUUUUGGCGAUUCCUGUCACAACUGUUGCUUCUGAAUCUGCUUUCAGUGCCAGUGGAAGGGUUAUUGAUCCACACCGUUCCUCUUUAGGAACUAAGAUGGUAGAUAUGCUUAUAUGUGGAUUUGAUUGGUAUCGUCAAUAUUACGGACUACAGAAAAAGAAAAACAAGGAAAUUGAUGAUGUUAUAUAUGUUGAUCUUCUGUGAGGUGUGACCAUUUGAAAAGUUAUGAAGUGUGAUCAUAUUCAAGAUAAAGGGCGAAGAACUUUAAUUUUGCAUUUUGGAAAAGAUAUUUGAUGUGAUGAAGUUAAAGGUCAAGCUAUGCAAAUUUUUUUGCAGAAGAUAUUUGAAAAAAAAGACAAUAUUUUAAGUAAUUUGGAUGUUUUUAAUCGUAGGAUUUGUUAUAAACUUAUAAUACAUGUAUUUAUGUUUUGGUGUUAAU